CCAAGGAGACACACUCUAGGUGGACCCCGAAGUUCCAAAGAAAUACUGGGAAUGCAAACAUCUGAGAUGGAUAGAAAGAGAGAAGCUUUCCUGGAGCAUCUGAAGCAGAAAUACCCCCAUCACGCCACUGCCAUCAUGGGUCACCAAGAAAGGCUGCGAGACCAGACGAGAAGCCCCAAGCUGUCUCACAGCCCUCAGUCUACCACCUUCGGGGACCCGGUUGAGCAUUUAUCAGAAACAUCUGGUGACUCUCUAGAAGCCAUGUCUGAAGGAGAUGCACCAAGCCCUUUUUCCCGAGGCAGCCGGACUCGAGCAAGCCUUCCCGUGGUGAGGUCAACCAACCAGACAAAAGAAAGAUCUCUGGGGGUUCUCUAUCUUCAGUAUGGAGAUGAAACAAAGCAGCUCAGGAUGCCAAAUGAAAUCACAAGCGCAGACACGAUCCGUGCUCUCUUUGUAAGUGCCUUCCCACAGCAGCUCACCAUGAAAAUGCUGGAGUCGCCUAGUGUGGCCAUUUACAUCAAAGAUGAAAGCAGAAAUGUUUAUUAUGAGUUAAAUGAUGUCAGGAACAUCCAAGACAGAUCACUCCUCAAGGUGUACAAUAAGGACCCUUCGCAUGCCUUUAAUCACAUGCCACAAACGGUGAAUGGAGACAUGAGGAUGCAGAGGGAACUUGUGUAUGCAAGAGGAGAUGGCCCCGGUACCUCUCGGCCUGGAUCCACAGCUCACCCAGCCCAUGCAAUUCCCAAUUCCCCACCAUCCACGCCUGCGCCCCAUUCCAUGCCCCCCUCCCCAUCCAGAAUUCCUUACGGGGGCACACGCCCCAUGGUUAUUCCUGGAAAUGCCACCAUCCCCAGAGACAGACUGUCCAGCCUGCCAGUCUCCAGAUCCAUCUCGCCAAGCCCCAGCGCCAUUUUGGAAAGGAGAGACGUCAAGCCUGAUGAGGACCUGAGCGGCAAAAACAUGGCUCUGUACAGGAACGAGAGCUUCUACGCGGAUCCUUACCUGUACCACGAGGGACGGAUGAGCAUAGCCUCGUCGCACGGCGGGCACCCCCUGGAUGUCCCCGACCAUAUCAUUGCCUAUCACCGCACGGCGAUUCGGUCGGCCAGUGCGUACUGUAACCCCGCCUUGCAAGCAGAGAUGCACAUGGAGCAGUCACUGUACAGACAGAAAUCCAGGAAAUAUCCCGACAGCCAUUUGCCGACCCUGGGCUCCAAAACACCCCCUGCCUCUCCUCACCGAGUCGGUGACCUGAGAAUGAUAGACAUGCACCCUCACAACAAUGCACCCGACCGGGCCUCGCCCAGUCGCCAGUCUUUUAAAAAGGAGCCAGGCACCUUGGUGUACAUUGAAAAGCCACGGAACACGCCAGGAUUAUCCGGCAUUGUGGACCUCGGGCCUCCUCUCGUUGAGAAGCAAGUGUAUGCCUACAGCACUGCUACAAUCCCCAAAGACAGAGAGACCAGAGAGAGGAUGCAAGCCAUGGAGAAGCAGAUUGCUAGUUUAACUGGCCUUGUCCAGUCAGCGCUUUUUAAAGGGCCCAUUACAAGUAGUAGCAAAGAUGCAUCUAGUGAGAAAAUGCUGAAGACCACGGGCAACAGAAGCCACACAGAGAGUCCUGGAGCUGCUCAGACAUCUGGAGGGAAGAGUCUAGGCACCCUGGAGUCCACGGGGCCUCCCAGCCAGCCCCUGCCUGCCAGCCCCUCAGCCAUGCACAUGAGCCUGCUGGACAUGAGGCGCAGCGUGGCGGAACUACGGCUCCAGCUGCAGGAGAUGCGGCAGCUCCAGCUGAAGAACCAGGAGCUGCUGAAGGCAAUGAUGAAGAAGGCAGAGUUAGAAAUCAGUAGCAAAGUGAUGGAGACCAUGAAGAGACUGGAGGAUCCUGUGCAACGACAGCGCACCCUAGUGGAACAAGAAAGACAAAAAUACCUGCAUGAGGAGGAAAGGAUUGUCAAAAAGUUAAGCGAGCUGGAGGACUUUGUUGAAGACUUAAAGAAAGACUCUUCAUCGGCCAGCCGAGUGGUGACUCUGAAAGAUGUGGAGGACGGGGCAUUCCUCCUGCGGCAGGUGGGGGAAGCCGUGGCCUCUUUGAAAGGAGAAUUUCCAACCCUACAAAACAAGAUGCGCGCAGUGCUGCGCAUUGAGGUGGAGGCCGUGCGCUUUCUGAAGGAGGAGCCACACAAGCUGGACUCGCUGUUGAAGCGCGUGCGCAGCAUGACCGAUGUCCUCACGCUGCUGCGCAGACAUGUCACCGAUGGGCUCCUGAAAGGCACGGAUGCAGCCCAGGCCGCACAGUAUGUCGCCAUGGAGAAGGCCACAGCUGCAGAGGUCUUGAGGAACCAGGAGGAGGCAGCCCAUGCCUCUGGGCAGCAUGGCGCGGGAGUCCCUGGUGAUGUGAAGUCAGAGGCAGUGGCCUUGGCUGCUGGCGUGACUGUGCACCACGCGCAGAGCUCUCCGGUGGUCAUCCAGCCCUCCCAGCACUCCACAGCCCUGCUGAACCCUGCCCAGAACAUGCCUGGUGGCACAGCCAGCCCCACAGCAGCCCCACAGGAAGUCACCUCUGUGCUGCAGUCGGCUCCGGUCCCCCAGUCCCCUCAGACACCUGUGAAUGGUUCCACCAUACAGAGCUUAUUCAUUGAAGAAAUCCACAGUGCAAGUGCAAAGAACAGGGCAGCAUCCAUUGAGAAAGCAGAGCGGAAAUGGGAAGAAAAGAGGCAGAAUCUAGACCACUACAAUGGGAAACAGUUUGAGAAGCUCCUGGAAGAAGCUCAGGCCAACAUCAUGAAGUCAAUUCCUAACCUGGAGAUGCCGCCAGCCUCAAGCCCUCUGCCAAAGGGAGGAGCCCCAGAGGACAAGCGGGAGCUUUUGGAAGACUCUCCAAACUCAGAACAGGACAUAGACAAGCUAGGGGGAAAGUCGCCCCCUCCUCCUCCCCCACCCCCUCGGCGAAGCUACCUUCCUGGAUCAGGGAUCACCACCACAAGGUCGGGCGACGUGAUCUACACCAGCAGGAAGGAAAGCUCCAGCACUAAGGCGAGCAGUGAUGAUGCCGGAGCAAGCCCACACACUAGAGCCACUAAGUGUCCCACAGAGGAGCCUGCCUCAGCCUGGGCCAAUUCCCAUCCGCCAGUUCCUACUGCCUCCUCAAAAGAUGAGGAGGAGGACGAGGAAGAAGGCGAUAAGAUCAUGGCGGAACUCCAGGCAUUCCAGAAGUGUUCCUUUAUGGAUGUAAAUUCAAACAGUCAUGCUGAGCAGUCCCGGGCUGACAGUCACGUUAAAGACUCUAGGCCAGGCGCCACAGUCCCACCCACGGAGAAGAAGAAUUUGGAAUUUUUCCAUGAAGAUGUACGGAAAUCUGGUGUUGAAUAUUCAAAUGGCCCCCAAAUGGAACCUCAAAAGGUUGCCCCAGGGUCUCUAAGACCUACUGACCCUCCUAAGUGGGAAAGAAGAAUGGAGCAGAGUGUUUCUGAUUCAUCAAAAACAUCAGACUAUAAAACUGACAUCUUAAAAAAGGGAAAUUCUUCUAUCUCCCAUAAGAGUUUGUACAGAGACAGUAGAAACUAUCCUCAGAAAAAUGUGCAAACGGUCAAUUUCGGUUUUCCUGGCCUGAAUUCAGUAGAAGAGGAAGUCAACAAAGGAGCAAGAGCCUUGGGACCACUCUUCCCCAGACCUGACCCUGAGAACCCAAAGGUGAAUUACGGAAAGACAAAAACAGUAUCUGUACAAGGACAAGAAAACACAGACAAGGGUCACAUUCCCUCUCCCCUGCGCUCCACAGAAUUGGUGCCUGGUGACGUGAGAAACCAAGAUCAAGACACUCUCCUGACAGACUUUGGCCAAGUUGUUCUAAGACCCAAAGGAUCGAGGCAUGUACCUGUGAACGACGAAGGGGAGUCAAGUCCAAGUUCUCCCAGUGAGGAAAAUAUGGCUACUGACAACAUUGCCUUCAUGAUUACCAAAACAGCUGUCCAGGUUCUGUCCAGUGGGGAGGUCCACGAUAUAGUUAGCCAAAAGGGACAAGAGGUCCAGACGGUGAAUAUUGAUGCCAAAGAAGAGACCACCUGCCAACACGAUGGGACGGGGAAUGAGGAGCCUGUUGUAUGCCUAGACAAGAAACCAGUUAUUAUCAUUUUUGAUGAGCCCAUGGACAUCCGCUCUGCCUAUAAGAGACUUUCAACCAUCUUUGAGGAGUGCGAUGAGGAGCUAGAGAAAAUGAUGACAGAAGACAAGAUAGAAGAGGAAGAAGAGGACGAAACAGGAGAGGCCGGAGUGCAGACUAGCACUUCCCAGCGGCUUCACAAGCCCGGGCCACAAGCAGAGAUGAAAUCACAGCCAUACUCCAGGUCCACAGAGAGCAAGAGACCUGGAGGACAGGAAAUGGACAAAAUGGAGCUGAGUCACUUUAGCCCAGCUGAUUCUCCCGAUGCCAAGUGUGAUGUGGCCGAUGAGCAGUUUGAAAGUCCCAAGAAGAAGUUUAAAUUCAAGUUUCCUAAAAAACAACUGGCAGCUCUCACUCAGGCAAUUCGCACAGGAACCAAAACAGGGAAGAAGACUUUACAGGUGGUGGUCUACGAAGAAGAGGAAGAGGAUGGCACAUUGAAGCAGCAUAAGGAAGCCAAGCGAUUUGAAAUCACCAGUUCUCAACCAGAAGACACCCCCAAAAACAUGGCUAGGAGACAUGAGCAGCCCGGUCCAGAGGGCACCUCUCCAAUUUCAAGAACUGAUGAAAUUAGAAAAAAUACCUAUAGAACAUUAGACAGCCUGGAGCAGACCAUCAAACAGCUGGAAAAUACCAUCAGUGAAAUGAGCCCCCAAACCCUAGUCGAUUCCUCCUGCUCUUCCACCAGAGAUUCUGUUACAAGCGCAUCUCAGUUAGCCCCAGAGCCGUCUCCCCGAUCCUUGCUAGUUGUGGACGAAGUCCCCCCUGCCCUAGACCCCCCCACGCCAGUGUCUUCAGCUUCACGUAAGGGCUCCGGUGCCGCCCCACAGACGAGCAGAAUGCCAGUCCCUAUGAGCUCCAAGAGCAGACCGGGAAGCCUGGAUAAACCCAGCAAGCAGUCCAAACUCCAGGAUCCCCGACAAUAUCGUCAGGCUAAUGGAAGUGCUAAGAAAGCUGGUGGGGAUUGUAAGCCUACUUCCCCCUCCUUACCUGCUUCUAAGAUUCCAGCUCUUUCUCCCAGCUCUGGGAAAAGCAGUUCUCUGCCCUCUUCUAGUGGUGACAGCUCUAACUUCCCUAAUCCACCUGCUACUAAACCAUCCAUCACUUCUAAUCCUCUGAGCCCCCAAACAGGACGGUCCGCUCACUCCGCCUCCCUCAUCCCUUCUGUCUCUAAUGGCUCCUUAAAGUUUCAGAGCUCCUCUCAUGCCGGUAAAGGCCACCACCUUUCAUUCUCACCACAGACUCAAAAUGGCCGCACAGCCCCCACUUCCUCCUCCACCUCCUCCUCCCCUCCCUCCCCUGCCUCCCCCACCUCCCUGAGUCAGGGUGCCAAAGGCACCAGAACCAUCCACACUCCGGGCCUCACCAGCUACAAGGCCCAGAAUGGAAGCUCGAGCAAGGCCUCUCCAGCCUCAGCCAAGGAAACCUCUUCAAGGCCAGAGCCAGUUGGUUAGGUACCAAGGUGGAGUUACAUUUUCAGAAAACACUAUUAUUUGUUUCUUUUUUAGCAGUCAACAACAACUGUUUUCACAAGAGGAUGUAACAUAUUGCUGUACUGUUUAAGGCUUAAUGCAAAGUGUGUACUUAAAUACUGGGUUGAUAGAGUUCAGUAAAGCUCAUUUUGAUUUUGUUUUUCCUUGUUGCUGUUGUAACUACGUAGUGUUUGCGGUCUUGAUUUCUAAUACCUACCAAAUGAAGUAAGCAUGUGCUCCAAAAAGAGAGAGAGAGAGAGAAAGAGAGAGAGAGCUUGCGCAAAGGGGUGGGUGUGUGAGACCAGAAAAUUGUAUUAAGCAUGUAAAACAUGUAUGAUUCCAGAAUUUUAGUAUGUUUUGUAUAAAAAUAUUUUUCACUACGGAGUCUAGAAGUGAACAGAGAAAUAUGUAAGCGCGACUAUAUAAAUUGUAAAACAGAUACUAUAAUAUUUCCUUUUAUUUUCAUGUUAUUUAGCUUUAUUACAGAUUUCUAUUUUUGUCAAAACUUCAUGGUUCCUUUCAAGAUCUUUUUUGCCAAAACAUUUUGAUACUAUAUAGCAUUGUACAUUUGAAAGUAGUGGUCUAGACUAUAUAAGCCAAUGAUGAUCUUCACAAACCAAUAGAAAAGCACAUGUCAGAAGCAACUAUUGCCCUGUCAUGAAUGUAUGUAUACUAAUUUGCCAGCCCAAGCAAGCUAGUUUUCUUUCCUUUUUUUUUUCUUUUAACAUUUUGAGGUUUUCUACUUGUUUUCCUUGUGGAAUCUAACCCUUUCCUUUGUUUUCUGAGACCCGAGAUCCCACACUAUUGCACUAAAUGUCGAUUUUAAAAAUGUACACCUCUGUACGGUUCUGCAAAUGGCUCAACUUUUGUAAAUAUAUAAAUAGAGAUUUAAAAGAAAUACUGUGUGUGACAGCACAUAGAGUAGUUUUUCCCACACCAAAGUUAAUUGGUAUGCAUGCUUUAAAAAGAAUAUAGAUUGGGAUGGGCAGAAAUGAGACUAUCCAUACUUUUUUUUAAGCACCAAGUGAGCACAGCUAGAGUGUUUUUGUAAAUAAAUGUAUUUGUAUAAUGCAGUCAUGUAAAAAUACAGAACUAUGAGCAGAGACUUUGCAAGACUAAAUAAAGGGCUGCAUGCUUGUUAUUUUUUUCUUUUUUUUUCUUUUCUUUCUUUCUUUCUUUUUUUUUUUGUACCUUGUUGCUAUACUUCCUAGUCAAAGAACACCAUGUAAUCAUUUCCAAAUGUUUCUGGCUUUGAGAGCAUUAGAAUGACAUUGUAACAGUGCUCAGAAGACAACUUUUCUAAAAGCUCUGGGGUAGCUAAUGAGGAGCUCCUAAUAAAUUAAUUGCAACUGUGGUU